GCCUACUUCCUGCCACGCCCACCAAGAAGGCCCUGCCACUCUGCCCCACAACUCUCGAUGGUACUCCUUGGGAGCCACGGCCGGGAGAGGUGGGAAGGGAAACUAUAGAUAAAACCAUAGAGUACCCCGCCAACCGGCGAGAGGAGAGAAGAGUAGCCUUCAUGUACCCUACGUCCUAGAGGCCACUGGGCCAGAGGCGGUUGCACAAAAGGAGCCCCGGGCGACCGCUCUAGCCGCUGAUCGACCAUAGAGAUGAGGCUCCCGCCGGCUCUGGGCCGGGAGGUACCCGCUGCCUCCUCAGGACCGUAAUCAUGACGAUGCUCCGUCCUAAGCCUUGCAGGUUACAAAACACCUUUCCCAUUCUUCGGCUCUUGUGAUCCUCACUCCUCUCAGACAUUGUGGAUGCUGUCAUCGUUUCCAUUUUACAGAUGGAAAAACUGAGGCCCAGAGAGGCAAAGUAAUUGUCUGCCCAAGGCCGCACGCACUUAAGAAGCCACAGCACUGAAAUCGGUGGUGAUGACAGACCCUGUGUUGGACUCACAGCCAGCCAACAGUACUGGGGAGAUGGAUGGACUGUGCUCUGAACUAUUGCUGAUCCCCCAACCUCUCUCUAACCGUGGAAUCCUGGAGCCUGUUCAUAGCCCCUGCCCCUCUGGGAGCCCCACAACUCUGCCUCCGGACCCAGGCUGCUUGCUGGUAGAGGCCACAGCAACUGACGAGAGCACAGGGAACAUGGAGAUCAUUGUGGAAGCAGUAGCUGGAAACCUAUCCCCAGAUGCUCCUGGAGACACCCCAGGUGUCCUGGUAAAGGUGGUGGAAGUGUACUUCUGUGAGCGCUGUGAGCAGAGCUUCGCAGAGCCCACUCUGCUGGCCCUGCACCAGUGCCCUGAGGCCUUUAUACAGCCUGUGCAGGGCCUGUCUAGCUCCCCAUGUUCUCUAGAGCUACCCCCUAGCAACCUCACCCUCCCUGGCCCUCUGCAGGGCCGGAGCCCACCAGAUAGCCCCCUGCCAUGUCCCGUGUGUAGACAGGAGUUUGCCCAACCCCAGGCCCUGAAGAGCCACUUCAAGAUUCACCGAGGCACUCCUGACACCUUCUUCUGCCCAGAGUCUGGCUGUGUGUUCUCCUCUGAAGAUCGCAAGGGUCUGCAGCACCACCUGAGGCAGACUCACAAAGUGGUUCCUGUGCCCUGUUCUUUCCGGGGCUGCCCCUUGCUCUUCGGGAGCCAGCAGGGCAUGGAGCUGCACCGGCAGGCUCAUUACCCUUUCCACUGCAGCCAUUGCAACUUCAUGGGCUCCAACAUCAGACUCUUCCGGCAGCACCAGCGAAGCCAUGGGGCUGGGACACAGAGAGAACUUUCUGCCAUUCGGGGCCCUCCAUCUCAGGAGCUGCUGCCAGCACCCAAACUGCCCCCAGGAGAGGGAGAGCCUUCGGAGGAAGCAGGUGCACCUUUGUCUGGGCAGAAGUCAGUUGAAGAGGAGGAAGCUGAAGAAGAAAAGAGUGGCUCCGAGAAGGACUCCCAGAAAGCCCUGGAAAAAGGCCUGGGGACUCAGCAGUUGGAAGGUGAGGUGGCUUCUGGCACUGAGUCCCUCUUCAAGACCCACAUGUGUCCAGAGUGCAAGCGCUGCUUUAAGAAGCGGACCCAUCUGGUGGAGCAUCUGCAUCUCCACUUCCCAGACCCCAGCCUCCAGUGCCCCAACUGCCAGAAGUUCUUCACCAGUAAGAGCAAGCUGAAGACCCACCUGCUGCGGGAGCUGGGCGAGAAGGCCCACCGCUGCCCACUGUGCCACUACAGUGCCGUGGAGAGGAAUGCACUCAACCGCCACAUGGCCAGCAUGCACGAGGACAUUUCCAACUUCUACUCAGACACCUAUGCUUGUCCUGUCUGCCGUGAAGAGUUCCACCUCAGCCAGGCCCUUAAGGAGCACCUCAAGAGCCACACAGCCGCGGCUGCAGCGGAGCCAUUGACCCUAUGUUGCUUUCAGGAGGGCUGCAGCUAUGCAGCACCCGAUCGCAAGGCCUUUGUAAAGCACCUGAAGGAGGCCCACGGGGUGCGAGCUGUGGAGUGCCGCCAUCACUCAUGCCCCAUGCUCUUCGCCACAGCUGAGGCCAUGGAGGCCCACCACAAGAGCCAUUACGCCUUCCACUGCCCCCACUGUGACUUCGCCUGCUCCAACAAGCACCUGUUCCGCAAGCACAAGAAGCAGGGCCACCCUGGCAGUGAAGAGCUGCGCUGCACCUUCUGCCCCUUCGCCACCUUCAACCCAGUAGCCUACCAGGACCACGUGGGCAAGAUGCAUGCUCAUGAGAAGAUCCACCAGUGCCCUGAAUGCAACUUUGCCACUGCCCACAAGAGGGUGCUCAUCCGACACAUGCUGCUGCAUACUGGCGAGAAGCCUCACAAGUGUGAGCUGUGUGACUUUACGUGCCGAGACGUGAGCUACCUGUCGAAGCACAUGCUGACCCACUCCACCGCCAAGGAUUACAUGUGCACCGAGUGUGGCUAUGUCACCAAGUGGAAGCACUACCUCAGUGUGCACAUGCGAAAACAUGCAGGGGACCUCAGAUACCAGUGCAACCAGUGUUCCUAUCGCUGCCACCGGGCUGACCAGCUGAACAGCCAUAAGCUGCGGCACCAGGGCAAGUCGCUGAUGUGUGAGGUGUGUGCCUUCGCCUGCAAGCGGAAGUAUGAGCUGCAGAAGCACAUGGCUUCCCAGCACCACCCUGGCACACCAGCCCCUCUCUAUCCCUGCCGCUACUGCAGCUAUCAGAGCCGCCAUAAGCAGGCCCUGCUGAGCCAUGAGAACUGCAAACAUACCCGCCUCCGUGAAUUCUGCUGUGCUCUCUGUGACUACCGCACCUUCAGCAACACCACUCUCUUCUUCCACAAGCGCAAGGCCCACGGCUAUGUGCCUGGGGACCAGGUCUGGCAGCUCCGCUGUGCUAGCCAGGAGCCAGAGGGCUCCAGGCAGUGCCCAGUGCCCUCACACGACCCAGAGCCCUCAAACCAGCUGUCUGCCCAGCCUGAGGGGCUGGACCCUGACCCUGGGACUGCAGUGGACCCCAGCUUGGGCCAGGCCCUACCAAAGACUAGUGAGGAGGAUGGUGCUGGGAGAAAGGAUGGCAAUGAGGCACCCCAGGGGGAUGACCUAGUUGGCAGCCCCAGCCCAGCAGAGGUAGAUGAGGGUGGCUGCACACUACACCUAGAGGCCCUGGGAGUAGAGCUGGAACCUGUGGCUGAGCCACGCCUUGAGGAGAUGACUGAGCCAGCCCCCGUGGAGCUCAGGCCCCUGGGUCCCUCAGGGCCCUUGGGACUAGAAGGGCCAAAUGGAACUUUGACAGAGCUAUCCAGCUUUGAAGGCAUUGGCCCUUCUGGCGUAGGUGCUGAAGAAGAGUCCAUUCUGGAGAAGUCAGUUCCUGAGCCCCCCAGAGAUCCCCCAUUCUCAGAGGAGCCUCUUAACAGCUGGAUGGGAAUCUUCAAGGCAACUCCACCUGCUGAGACAGCACCCUUGCCCCAGUUUCCUGAGUCAGAGUCAUUAUUGAAGGCCCUAAGGAGGCAGGACAAAGAGCAGGCAGAGGCACUGGUGCUGGAGGGGCGGGUGCAGAUGGUAGUGAUCCAAGGAGAGGGGCGGGCCUUCCGCUGCCCACACUGCCCUUUUAUUACCCGCCGGGAGAAGGCCCUGAGUCUGCACUCCAGGACUGGGUGCCAGGGCCGCCGAGAGCCCCUGCUGUGCCCUGAAUGUGGGGCUAGCUUCAAGCAACAGCGAGGCCUCAGCACCCACUUGCUGAAAAAGUGCCCUGUUCUGCUCAGAAAGAACAAGGGCUUGCCCAGACCAGACUCACCCAGCCCUCUGCCCACGGACACUCAGGCCUCAGAGGAUGCAAAAGCUGGGAAGCCCUCACUGGAACCAUUAGACAUAGAGCUAACAUUUCCAAAAGGUACUCCUUCUGAGCUGCCCAGGAAGCCAAAAGAAAUAGAGGAAGCUGUUAUGACAGCCUCUGGCUCCCCAGUCCCUCCUGCAGGGAACACCUUACCCACAGGGACCCCUGAGAAGUUCCACUUUGAGCAGGGCAAGUUUCACUGCAGCUCAUGUGCGUUCCUUUGUUCUCGGCUCACCUCCAUUACCUCUCAUGUAGCUGAAGGCUGCCGGGGGUCACGUGGCGGGGGAGGGAAGCGAGAGGCCCCCCAGGCUCAGCCUGUCCUGUCCGCCAUGAGCAAUGGGGACUCUGCUCCCCUGAACAGUGGGAGCACAGAGUCCAGGCCUGGUGAUGGGGAUGCGGCUCUGGUUCUAAGACAGAAGGGGGCUCGCUUCUCCUGCCCCACCUGCCCCUUUAGCUGCCAGCAGGAGCGUGCUCUGCGGACUCACCAGGCCCGAGGCUGCCCCCUCAAGUCCGGAGAGCUGCAUUGUGGCCUCUGCCCAUUCACCGCCCCUGCUGCUGCCACCUUGCGGCUCCACCAGAAGAGGAGGCAUCCUACUGUAGGCCCAGCCCGUGGCCCCCGGCCCCCCCUGCAGUGUGGGGACUGCAGCUUCACCUGUAAGCAGAGCCGGUGUCUGCAGCAGCACCGGCGGCUCAAGCAUGAAGGGGUAAAGCCACAUCAGUGCCCUUUCUGCGACUUUUCUACCACCAGGCGGUACCGGUUGGAGGCUCACCAGUCCCGGCACACAGGUGUUGGCCGCAUCCCGUGCAGCUCCUGUCCCCAGACAUUUGGUACCAACUCGAAGCUACGCUUACACCAACUAAGGGUACAUGACAAAACACCCACCCACUUCUGUCCACUCUGUGACUACAGUGGCUAUCUCCGCCAUGACAUCACGCGCCAUGUCAACAGCUGCCACCAGGGCACCCCAGCCUUUGCCUGCCCUCAGUGCGAGGCCCAGUUCAGCUCAGAGACAGCACUCAAGCAGCAUGCUCUGCGCCGGCACCCCGAGCCCACACCCCCAACCCCAGGCUCUCCCACAGAAGCUACCGAGGGCCCCCUGCAUUGUUCCCGCUGUGGGCUGCUAUGCCCCAGCCCUGCCAGCCUGCGAGGACACACCCGUAAGCAGCACCCACGGCUGGAGUGUGUGGCCUGUCGGGAGGCCUUCCCCAGCCGGCCAGCACUGGAUGAGCACCGGAGGCAGCAGCAUUUCAGCCACCGCUGUCAGCUCUGUGACUUUGCUGCCCGGGAGCGGGUGGGCCUGGUGAAGCACUACCUGGAGCAGCAUGAGGAGACUUCAGUGGCAGCCUCAGAUGUGGAUGGGGAUGCUAGCCAGCCCCCUCUGCGCUGCCCCUUUUGUGACUUUGCAUGCCGCCAUCAGCUGGUGUUAGAUCACCAUGUGAAGGGGCACGGGGGCACCCGGCUCUACAAGUGUACCGACUGUGCUUACAGCACCAAGAACCGGCAGAAGAUUACCUGGCAUAGCCGCAUCCACACAGGGGAAAAGCCUUACCGCUGUCACCUCUGCCCCUAUGCCUGUGCUGAUCCCUCUCGCCUCAAGUACCAUAUGCGCAUCCACAAGGAGGAGCGAAAGUACCUGUGUCCUGACUGUGGCUACAAGUGCAAGUGGGUCAAUCAGCUCAAAUACCACAUGACUAAGCACACAGGACUGAAGCCAUACCAGUGUCCCGAGUGUGAGUACUGCACCAAUCGGGCUGACGCACUGCGUGUGCACCGGGAGACGCGGCACCGGGAAGCCCGGGCCUUCAUGUGUGAGCAGUGUGGCAAGGCCUUCAAGACGCGCUUCCUGCUGCGCACCCACCUCCGCAAGCACAGCGAGGCCAAACCCUACGUGUGCAACGUGUGCCACCGUGCUUUCCGCUGGGCCGCCGGCCUGCGCCACCACGCCCUCACUCACACCGACCGCCACCCCUUUUUCUGCCGCCUCUGCAGCUACAAGGCCAAGCAGAAAUUCCAGGUGGUCAAGCAUGUGCGCAGGCACCACCCGGACCAGGCCGACCCCAGCCAGGGCGUGGGCAAGGACCCCAGCACCCCGACAGUGCACCUGCAUGACGUGCAGUUGGAGGAGCCCGGCCCGCCCGCCCCCGCUGCCCUCCCCGCCGGACCUGAGGGCUGAGGGCCCGCCCGCCUCCCAGCCAGGAAGAGGGCGCGGUCCGCAGCGUGCCAGCCGGAACCAGAGCUGGCCUGAGGGGCUCGGGGCCUACCAAGGGCUGGCUUCGGGCUUCAGGGAGGCUGGAACCCUCCGGGGAGACUGGAGUAGUACUUGGGGAUUGACAGCUAUAUCAAAGACAGACCUGGACUGCGACGCUGAUUUCUUGUCGAGGCACUCAGUGUUUUUAACUCACGAGUUCCUAGUUGCCUCUCCACCGCUCCACUGAAGUCCUUGGCAAUGAGAUCCUGGUUUUACCCACUCUGUUCUUCUCUUUUCUUAAAAUGUCAAGUUCUGUUUUCAUUUAGCAUCCUCAAAGCAGCUGUAUCUAACCGCAUGUGCUGGUGUGCCUAACGCUCUGUAAAGCAUGUUAAACAGAAUGAUUACUGGCUUAGAGACGUGUCCAGAUUUCUGCCAACAUUUCUAGGCUGUCAUCUCAGUCUGCCCUACCACCUCUCAGCCUCCGCUUCUCCUUUUUCUCCUUCCAUCUUCACUCGAUGAUUGAUUCUGAAACAGGCCCAGGAGGAUCUGCCUUCUCUCUGUCCUUGAGCCUGUCGAGGCCCUGGCCCUGCUCCCUACUUCUGAGCCCUUAGUCUACCUGUCGAGGGAGGGCUGCUGCUCACUGAGUCUCCUCUAAGAAACAGCUUUAGCUCACCAUCAGUCCUUGGACUGGCUCAGCAACUGUACCGAGGAGUGAAGACAUGAGGAGAGUGUGAGAAGCAGAUGAUUGGAGAGGUAAAUCUCUAUUCCAGAACUCUAAUUGCCUCACAAUGACUAUAUAAUUCACCAUCUAAACUGGAACCUGUUCUGUUCCCCAUUGCCUUCGAGUCAACUCCAACUCAUAGUGAUCCUGUAGGACAGAGCAGAAUUGCCCCCAUAGGGUUUCCAAGGCUGUAAUCUUUACAGAAGCAGAUUCCCCCUGUCUUUCUCCCAUGCAUUGGCUGGUGGGUUCAAAGUACUGACCUUUUGGUUAGCAGCUUAGUGCUUAACCACUGUACCACCAGGGCUCCUUCUAAACUGAGACACUUGGAAAACUUAUUAGGCUGGGACAACAGACAACCCAGGACUAUCCUGGGCAAACUGCAGGAGGGCUGAGCUACAUAACCCUUUGUCUCCUCCUUUUGCCCUGCUCCUUAGAAGCCUUACUUCUGUGCCCUUCCUAUGUAGCACGUGAAGGGGUAGACCCACCUGUCUACCCAGAUGUCCUAUAACCCUUGUACCUCCCCCUUGUCCAACAAUAAGACCAUACCCAAGCCAAACUGUGGGGAGAAGCUCUGUUUAUACAGGUUGGGCUGGGGAGGAACAGUCCAGUGGGGACUCUGAGGGCUGCGCAGUGUUCUCGAGAGUUCUUGGUGUAGUGUGGUCAGCUCUUCUUCCCCAACCUUUGCUUGGGGAGCCUUGAGCCUUGAUUCAUUCUUCCCUUGGCUCUGGGCUUGAGGAAGUUAGAGGUGAAAGGGAUAAUACCUCUUUCGGUUUCUCAGCCCCAGGCCCCUCUGUGGAUUUCUAGUUGCAGUCUACUUUUGAGCCAGGGUUCAUGGGAAAGAUUAGUCCUAGAUCCAGGUAAGGGUUUGAGCUACAGCAACAGGAAGGAGAGAACUCCAGUAUAGAGAAAGAAAAAGGGCAGGAAAGAUGCCAAUGGACUGUGAAAAGGAAAGAGAAAGAUGUAAAAGCAAGCCCUAGAUUUGCUUGGGGGAAGUAAUUUCGUAACUAGAAUGAUGCACAAUCCAAAGCUUGGUUUUCACCACCUCUGUUUGAUCUCUGGCACAUCCUUCCACGUUUUCCUCGCCAUCUAAAGCCAGUGCACACCCUCCACAUGAAGUGCCCACUUCAGGCUUCAGCCUCCUCUAGCUCUUCCUGGAUGCAGAUGUGCACAAAGAUGGAAGCUGGGUGGAGGCUGGUACCAUCCCUGGAGAGCAGGUGUAUGUGGCGGUAGCCUGGAAGGGGGCAGGAAAGCAGCGUUAGGAAGGUGGCCAGAGUUGGGGUUAUUGACCAGGGCUCAGAAAGCUGGCUCACCU